AUGAGCAAAGUGAUGUUCAGUAAACUGAAGUCGGAUAAGAACGAGAUCCGUCUUCUGGAACUUCUCGCAGGGAGAUGGAUGGAGGACGUUUGCUGCAAACUACAAAUCGUGUCUCUGGACGACAAUCCCACCUACGAUGCUCUCUCGUACGUCUGGGGUGACCCAGGAGAUACUGACAAGAUAACCGUGGAUGGAUGUAGUUUCCAAGCCACGCGCAACUUGAUUGGGGGUCUACGACGACUACGGUCUAGUCGCGAUGCAAUAAUCUUAUGGGUGGACGCGAUUUGCAUUGACCAAGCAAAUAACCAAGAGAAAAUGCAGCAAGUUGGCAUAAUGGCAGAUAUUUACAUGUCAGCGAGCUCUGUACAGAUUUUCUUGGGGGAAAGCGGUAUACUUGACCUGAUCCCAGAGCAGGAACAGGCGACUUGGGACGACCCACCUCGCUUUGAGUGGCACCGGGAUCACACCAUGCUUUUUACGUCUAGAGAGCCGCCGAAUAAAGCCGGGGUGAGUUACAAUCAUUCAAAGCCAAGAUGGGAUCCAAAGGAAGGAAUCAGAGAUCAGGCGAGAGUGGAUGCUUUCCUUGCUUGGCAGAAAGAGGCCGAACACAGCAGCGCGGAGCGUACGGCUUUACAGACGUGUAGAGACAGUCAGGCCGGAGCCUUUGCAAUAAUGAACAUCCUCUCAAACGGCAGGUGCCUGAAGUCCUGUCUUUGCGUAGAUUCCGACUCAGUACCGUGGAAGAAGGCAAUUGAAGUCAUUGGUCAUCUUACGAAUCUGCCUUGGUGGACAAGAGCGUGGGUUCUUCAGGAGGUCAUCUUGCCGAAAGGUGACGUGAUUGCCAUUUACGGGGAGAUUACCGCCCCGAUCGGCCUCAUCGAGGACUCUGGAGCCAUACUGCCGCGACACUAUGAGCGCGGGCAAUGUUGCAAAAAUUUCUGGAGCACUCUGCCCUCGGAUCAGAAGCAAAUACUGGGGAUAUUUGCGGAAAUCAUGGGAUACCAGGAAGGAAUCCGAGAGGUUUUGGGAAUUCUCACGCAGGACCAGAUCGACAGACUGCUGUUCUUGCUGCAAAAGACGCGACAUAAAGAGGCAACGAACCCAAGAGACAAGAUCUACGGGCUGUUAGGGCUACUGCACAACUCGCCGAAUCCCCUUCACAUUACCCCUGAUUAUGACCGGGAGGUCAGCCAUAUCUAUACCGACGUAGCAAUGCGAUUCAUCAACUAUCAAAAAAGCUUAUUCGUUCUUCUGAACCACGAAUUCAAGGCGUCGGACUCCGGGCUGCCGACCUGGGUGCCGCAUUGGGGCAAAUCUUGGGGAAGCUCGUCAGACUAUCUGAUCACCCAGAGAAUGCUGCGUUAUAUGGCUUGGCCACCAGGCGAGGGUCUUCUACCGGAACUGGUCGACAAUUAUGCACUCAACGUCAAAGCGAAGUUUAUAGAUCGAAUCACCGCAACGACCAGAGUUCUCGUCAAAGCAGAAACAGAUCUCGGCGAGAUAUGUGAGGAGCUGGAGACAUUUUUCGGUGACGACCUUGCGAGGGAGAGAAAUGGCGAGAACGCAUUCUGGAGAACUAUGUGGGGUGACCUUUUAUAUCAAUUUGAUAGGUCUUCUAUAUCGACUACGAUAGCAUUCGACCGGGCAUCUGACGGAGAUGGUAGCAUGUUCACGAUAGCGCAAUUAGCAUGGGAGAAGCGACUCGAUAACAUGUUCUUCCUAAACCCUGACGGUACCCUUAUCUCAGAUGAGGAGGUUGCUCACAUUGCGCGGUUCGCCGAGGAAAACUUCUGGUACGCCAAUGAAGACAGGAUCUUCUUUAAGACUGCGAAGGGUUACAUCGGGUCCGGACCUCCUGAUACAAAGGUUGGCAACUCUGUCUUCCUCAUCUUUGGAAGCCCUGUCCCAAUGAUACUUCGGCUAGCAGACACGAUCCCCACAGUUUUAUCGGCAAGGAAGGGGACACGUUUGCCACCUUGUUAUUGUUUGGUUGGAUACGCGUAUGUUUAUGGGAUAAUGGACGGUGAAGUCGCUCCUAAAAACGGCCAUGGUAAAGCCAAAGGUCGAUUCUGGAAGAUGCUACGCCGUUUCACCGGUCCUUGGUAUGCGAAAAGGGGAUCCUCGCAUCAGAUAUAUCUCGUGUAA